AUGUCUGCUAAUAACCAAGACAAAGUCGACGGUGGGCAUAUCGUUCCCAUAAGAUCAGACGUCGACAAUGGUACAACAAUAGAAAAGGAGAUUGGGCAUUCCAAAGACGUGGACCCAGCUCUUGAGUUUAUGGGUGGGGAGCAGAUUGAAUUCACUGAAGAGGAGGAGAAAUCUGUCCUGCGCAAGAUUGACUUUGCUCUCGUGCCUCUCCUGUGCUGGAUAUACGCCCUGCAGUUUGCUGACAAGACCUCACUCAACUAUGCCUCCCUGAUGGGUAUUCGCGAGGACACCAAUCUGGAUCCUAAUAGCCAGGAGUACAGUUGGGCCUCGAGCAUAUUCUAUGCUGGCUAUAUCAUGUGGGAAUUUCCUACAACCUACUUCCUCCGAGCCCUCCCGCUGGGUAAAUAUACAUCGGCUAACAUCGUCCUUUGGGGCCUUGUCAUCAUCUGCCACGUAUUCGCGAUGAACUAUGCCGGUCUUCUCUGCGUUCGAUUCUUCCUCGGUGCCCUCGAGGCAACGGUCACGCCCGCGUUCGUGCUUCUGACAUCCCAGUGGUACAAGCAAAACGAGCAAGGUCGACGAAUGGGACUGUGGCUCAGCUGCAAUGGUGUUGCCCUCCUCGUCAUGGGACCCAUCGCGUACGGCUUGUCUGGCGUCACAAACUCGCCCCUGGCAACAUGGAAAAUCCUCUACAUCGUGCUGGGUAUACCGACAGUUUUCUCCGGCAUCUACUGCUGGCUGCGAAUGCCCGACAACCAAACCAAUGCUAAAUUCCUCAACCACCGGGAAAAGAUGAUUGCAGUCGAACGAAUCAGGAAAAACUUUCAGGGAAUCGGAAGUCGUAAGUGGAAGUGGUCCCAGUUCUACGAAGCCUUCCGCGACCCUCGAACAUACCUCUAUGUCCUGUUUUCGAUUCUCAUGAACACUCCUAAUGGCGGAAUCACGUCCUUCGGAUCUAUUGUGAUUAAGUCAUUUGGCUUCAGUUCUCGACUUUCCCUUUUACUCAACAUGCCUACUGGGAUUGUAGAUAUUGCCUGCAAGUUAGGAUUCACCUACUUGUCGGACAAGUUCCUGGACCGUUCUUUGUUUGCAUUCAUCGCCAUUCUUAUUCCCAUGAUCGGAGGCAUCAUGAUGGUCGUCAUCCCGCUAUCCGCCAAGGCCGCUUUACUCGUUGGAUACUACUUUAUCGGGGCAGCAGGCGCAUCUUGGUGCCUGGUCAUGACCAUGAUCUCCAACAACACCCUCGGGUACACCAAAAAGGCCACUGUCAAUGGACUCCAGAUCCUGGCCUACGCAGCCGGAAAUUGGAUCGGUCCCCAAACCUUUCGCUCGAAUGAGGCGCCCGAAUACUACCAUGGUAAGAUGAUGGUGGCUAUUAUGUAUGGGUGUGCGGCUCUCACUAUUGUGGCACUUCGUUAUGUCAAUGUGUGGGAGAACCGACGCCGUGAUAAGUUGGCUGCUGAGCAGUCGCAGACGACGGUUGCGCAGGAUUCGUCUACUGCGUUUUUGGACCUCACAGAUUUCGAACAGCGAGACUUCCGAUACAUACUGUGA